GGUUUGGCUCAUAAAAAUAACAAGAAACGAAUACUACCUUGCAUCUGCAGGGUUUUUCCAACAUCAUGCAAGAUGACAGUAGUUGUAGCAAUUACAGUGUGACACUCUUAACGUCGAGCACAUCGAGUAGCAUAAGCAGCAGUGUUAGUGACGAAUCGGAAAGUCGGACAAGAAAAGAAUCUAAAAAGUGUGAAAGUGACGAAGAGAAUGAAAAUGACACGAUUUUUCUGCCAUGCGAUCCGCGUGAAUGGGAAGCUGAGCAUAUUGAGCAAUGGCUUGCAUGGGCAACGAAGGAGUUUAAAAUUGAUCCGGCGUUGCAGAAGGAAAAGUUUCCCGAAAGCGGGAAAGAAUUGUGUGCGAUGACAAAGGCGGAUUUUUGGGUUUGUGCAGGAACGAAAUAUGGCGCCGAGAAGUUGGCGAAAUAUUUGACGAAUUCCUUGUACAAAGUCACGGGCAAAUGGGAUCAAGAGUUGUUCAGUGACGAUGAACCAAAUCCAUAUCAACUACUCAACGCUGCAUCCCACAGAUUGGUGAGCCAAGGAGGCUCAGGACAGAUACAAUUAUGGCAAUUUCUGCUCGAGCUGCUCGCUGAUUCGUCAAAUUCCUUCAUACAAUGGGAGGGAACAAAUGGUGAAUUCAAGCUCACAGAUCCUGACGAAGUUGCACGUCGCUGGGGCGAACGCAAAGCCAAACCAAAUAUGAAUUAUGACAAAUUGAGUCGUGCUCUAAGAUACUAUUACGACAAAAACAUUAUGACCAAAGUACAUGGCAAACGUUAUGCCUACAAAUUCGACUUUCACGGUUUAAUGGCGGCUUGUCAGGCUCAAGCGCAAGGACAAGAUCCGACAGCAAGCAUGCUCGUUAGCACCUACUCCAAAUACCCAACUGCAAGUCAGGAUUUCUCAUCAGCUGCAAGUCUCUAUCAAAGUGGGCAUUUGCCGCAUCCGUCUUCCGUUGUCACGGCUCAACAACAACUUCCGUCAACGUCGUCGCAUCAAGCGAUGCUUCCCGCAUCGAAUUCGUGUCUCAACACAAGCAACAACAACAAUAGUACAAACAACAAUGGAGGCGGCUCGUCGUCAAAAACUGCUCCGAUAAGUUAUUGGUCCUACCAACAAUUUGAUCCGCGCCCUCCUCCUUCAUCGCCAUUUUGA